GUGUUCAUAGCUUUUAUUCGAAUACAUUAAAAGCCAGAUUUUUAAAAUGAAAACAAAAUUUUGAUUGGGCUUCAAUUCUGUGUUUACUAAAUUUACAGGCGUUUGUGUAGGACUACAACCGCUAAAACAAAAUUAAUAAGCCUUCAAAGAGGAAGCUAGCAUUCGGCAACAUGGAAGACGCAGACAACGAUUUAAUGAUUGUGGAACCAAGCUCUAGUUCGAAAAGUACUGAGAACAAAUUUCAACCCUUCGGCAGUAGGACUCCUCAUGACUCCUCACUGCUCCGAUAUUGUCAGUAUCAAGAACUACUCGAGAAGGCAAACGAUGAUAACGUUAUAGACUGCACAGAGGAAGAAGAGUUGGUUGCAGUUCCUCAGUCUGUUGCAGCACCAGCGACUAUGCCAGCUGCUGGGGAAGAAACUUUGCCACGAACUCAAACGCUGAAGGAUCGAUUUCAAAUUUAUAAAGAUAAUUUCAUAUCGAAAUUCUUGCCUAAAAACGCGGAACGUUGUGAGAAGCUCACUCCCGCUAUUUUGAGGCGGUGCCGGUAUAUACUGCAGGGUCCAGCUAAUGAAGUGCUGAGCACCAAAUUCAAUCUGAAUAUCACACGCUCCCAAUUGUCAUGUCUCAUUAGUGGCCACUGGUUAAAUGAUCAGGUUAUUAACAUCUUCAUGGGUUUGGUGCGGGAGCGCGGCCAACUCAACAGCAGAUUGCCACGCACCCAUGCCAUGAGCAGCUUCUUCGCCACUCGCUUGCUCAAUGGAGGCUUUGCUGCUGUCCGCCGCUGGACCCGUACAGUCGACCUCUUCAAAAUGGACCUCAUAUUGGUGCCGUUCAAUGAGAAAUCGCUGCACUGGUGCUUGGCCAUCAUAGAUAUGCGAACGCAACGCAUAAGCUACUACAAUUCGUUGAAUGGAGGCAACUUGCCGUUUCUGCAAGCGUUAGCGAUUUAUUUGGCUUCGGAGUCGAUGGAUAAGCUGAAGGUGCCAUUUAAUUCGAGCUCCUGGCGUUUGGUCAAUGUGGCCGGUCUACCAAAACAAUCAAAUGGUCAGGACUGUGGUGUAUUCACUUGCAUGUAUGCGGAGCAUGUGGCACGGGGGCAGCCCAUUAAUUUUACGCAACGGGACAUGCUAUAUUUUCGGCAUAAAAUGCUGCUAGAAAUAUGCGAUGGAAAACUGUGGCAGUGAAAGGGGAAGUAGGAAAUCUUUAAAUCAAUCAUCUGUAAAUCAAUCAUCUUCAAAUCAUUUUGUAUAAUAUUUUUCUUAAUUUUUUGUAUUCCAUAAUUUCUGUUGUGAAUAGAGAACACAUAUUUAUAAUAUAAAACAAUAUAAAUUGGGAUAUCUAAU